GUCUUUUUGUGUGUAAGAUGCUGACGUGGCAAAUUUCCCUAACUGAAGACGAAGAAGAAGACGACAACCCAAAUUACACCGAAAAUAAGGUAAGCUCUCUGCUUCUCGUAUCAAUAUCCAUAAUCGGAUCUCAAACCCUUGCCGUGACAGUGAAGGUACCUGUGGCCAACAACGACGUCGGCUCUGACGGCUUGUUCUUCUUCACAAACCGGAGAAUCAAAACCGGAUGGUCUAUCUAUCAUCUUACAAUAUCAUGAUCCCGCUUUAAAAUCCCUCUGUUUUCAUAUCUCUCAAAAUGGGAUCCAGAAUCGAAGAAGAGAAGGAACUGGAACCGGAUAUGGAGAAGGGUUUGGCGACUUAUCCGGUGAGUCCGACAGGGAGUACCUUGGCGGACCUGUCGCCAACUCCAACGCCAAGGAAGACUCUGGUACUGUCCAAUUCCGGUAAGGCUUUAAUGGUGUCCAAUUCAAGCAAGUCCUUGGGACUUUCCAACUCGGGGAAACGGUUUGAUCCAACGGGUAAAAAGAAGUAUGUGAAACAAGUCACAGGCCGUCAUAACGACACCGAGCUCCACCUAGCUGCUCAACGAGGAGAUUUGGCUUCUGUUAAGCAGAUUCUUAGUGACAUUGAUUCUCAGAUUACUGGUACCAUUACAGGAGCUGAGUUUGAUGACGAGGUAGCACAGAUAAUGACAUCAGUGGUAAACGAGGUGAAUGAGUUGGGAGAGACGCCGCUUUUUACAGCGGCGGAGAAAGGUAAUCUUGAUGUUGUCAAGGAGUUGUUGCGUUAUACCACCAAAGAGUCUCUUAUGCAGAAGAAUCUUUCUGGAUUCGACGCUUUACACAUUGCUUGUAGUCAAGGCCAUCGAUCUAUUGUCCAAUUACUGCUUGAGCAUGAACCUCAGCUGAGUAAAACAGUAGCUCAAUCAAACGCAACCCCACUUGUGUCAGCUGCAACUCGAGGGCAUUCAGAUGUUGUUGAUGAACUGCUUGCUAAAGACUCAAGCUUGCUUGAGAUCUCAAGAUCCAAUGGAAAGAAUGCGUUGCACCUCGCUGCUCGUCAAGGCCAUGUAGAUAUUGUGAGAACGUUGCUCGAUAGAGAUCCGCAGUUAGCAAGACGAACAGACAAGAAAGGACAAACAUCUUUACAUAUGGCUGUGAAAGGAGUUAGCUCACAAGUCGUGAGGUUACUCCUUCGAGCUGAUCCGGCUAUCGUCAUGCUUCCUGAUAAAUUCGGUAACACCGUACUGCACAUCGCUACGCGAAAGAAAAGAGCAGAGAUUGUGAAUGAGCUGUUGCAGCUUCCGGAUACAAAUGUGAAUGCGCUGACAAGAGACCAUAAGACCGCAUACGACAUCGCUGAAGGUCUCACUCAUUCAGAGGAUACGGCAGAGAUCAAAGACAUACUAUCGCGUUGCGGCGCGCUCAAAGCCAACGAACUAAACCAGCCAAGAGAUGAGCUGCGAAAAACCGUAACAGAGAUUAAAAAAGACGUUCACACGCAGCUCGAACAAACCCGAAAAACGAACAAAAACGUAGACGGCAUCGCCAAGGAGCUAAGGAAACUCCACAGAGCUGGUAUCAACAACGCCACCAACUCUGUAACCGUCGUGGCUGUUCUCUUCGCCACGGUGGCGUUUGCCGCAAUUUUCACGGUUCCAGGAGGCGACGACGACCAUGGUGUGGCCGUGAUGGUCCACGCAACAUCUUUCAAGAUAUUCUUUAUAUUCAACGCGAUCGCGCUCUUCACUUCGUUAGCAGUAGUUGUCGUGCAAAUCACGCUAGUAAGAGGAGAGACUAAAACGGAGAGACGUGUGGUGGAAGUAAUCAAUAAGCUGAUGUGGCUCGCCUCUGUCUGCACCACCGUGGCAUUCAUUUCCUCCUCGUACAUUGUGGUUGGUCGGAGAAAUAGAUACGCGGCGGUUGUGGUUACAGUCAUAGGAACCGUGACGAUGGCCGGAAUUUUAAGUAUAAUGACUUACUAUGUUGUGAAGUCGAAGAGGACGAGGAAGGUAAGGAAAAAGGAGAAGAAGAAAUUUGGUAGAACUGGGACAAGCUCGUGGCAUCAUGCGCAUCCGUCCGAGUCUGAAUCGGAGGUAAAUCCAAUUUACGCUAUUUGAUUGAUGAUGAUGCAAAAUCAUGUUUUAUUUUGUAGUUUUGGUCUAUUUUUUACAAAGAAAAGUUGAACUAUGUCUAACUUGUGACGGAAAGAAAAAGAAAAAAAAACAAGUUUUUGUUCAAAAUUGAGCUAACAUACUAAUAAAGUAAAAAGUUGCUUGUUUAGCUGCUAAUUGUAUGUAUAUUGACUCUAGCUUCUGUCAAAAUGUUGGUUUUUUACUUCUUUUACAUUUUUUACUAGAUUGGGUUUUUA